GCGAAAGAAGAACCAAGAUGGCGGUUGGUAUUGCAGAGAUCUCGAUUAUGAGAACCUCUUUGGAGCAGUAUGUCACUUCAGCUAAUGAUGCAAUUCAUAUCAAAUUGGUGAAAACACCAAGUGAUAUCGAUGACGAUAGCAAGAACUUCCACCCAGAAUUUACACAUCAACUUUUUGGCCAAAGUGAGAAUAUAUUUGGUUACAAAAAUUUGAAGAUUCAACUGUAUUACAGUGCCGGCUUAUUAAAUCUCUAUUUGGGUAAAACUUGUAGUGAAAAGUUGGACCCAACAAGAUUAGAUAAUAUCCCGGCUGAUGAUAUCGCCAAAGUGAUCAUCGAGAAGCUUGGAGUACAUCCAACUGAUAGUCUUGAUAAAUUUCGAUCAGAGCUGUCGAAAGAAGACAGCUUUACACCAUUCGGUGAUUUACUACAUUCGUAUUCGGUACAUAAAAAUGGUGAAGACACACAGUUUGAGAUAUAUAAAUGUGAUACAACAACGCCUGGAUUCAUAAAAUACCAUGAAAGAUUACAAACGUUCCUGUGGUGGUUCAUUGAUGCCGUUUCAUAUAUUAACAUUGACGAUGAUAGAUGGAUCUUCUAUGUCGUGUAUGAAAGAAGUGUUAUAAAUGGUAAACCACAACACAGUGUCGUAGGUUAUUGUACCGUCUAUAAGUAUUACGCUUAUCCAACUAAAAUAAGACCAAGAAUUAGUCAAAUGCUAAUACUGCCACCAUAUCAAAGACAAGGACAUGGUGCUCAGCUGCUAGAAGCGAUAUAUAUUGACCAUCGGCAGAACCCUACAGUAUUAGAUAUCACAGUUGAGGACCCAUCAGAAGAAUUCAUCUGUCUGCGAGACUAUGUGGAUUGUAAAGUAUGCAUGCAUUUAGCGUCGUUUUCUACCGAGUGUUUGCAGGAAGGAUUCACAGAAGACAUGGCUCAGGAAGCGCAAGUAAAACUCAAAAUAAACCAGAAACAAGCAAGACGCGUCUAUGAAAUUCUACUACGUGUCACAGAUGAAAGUAAUGCCAAUCAAUUUAAAGAGUACCGAUUGGACAUAAAGAAAAGACUCAAUAUUCCAUACCAGAGAGAAAAAUCUGACAUGGAAAAAAUGAAAAAAGCUUUGAAACCUGAAGAGUUGGCAGCGACAAUGGCCGGACAAAGCUUGCAAGAAAGACACAACAACCUAGAAAAAAUGUUUCAAGAACUUUUAGUAGAUUACCGGAAAGUGGUGGAGCGAUUAGCUAGAUCUUAAAAAAUAAAUUUUCAAUUGAUUUAAAUUGCCUACACUGUAUGUGUAAUAAGUAUGCAUACGGGGGAGAAUUAAAAAAAAAAAAAUUCUGAUUGACGGCGACAAUUCUGAAAAGCUGUUAUCUUUUCAUAAAAAAGAAAAAACUGAAUGGGUUUUGGGCGUUAAUUUUUUCUGUCAGUCAUUUUGGGAUCUGUCUGCUCACCAAAAUGAUGGUUACCUGGGAUGCCCUCGCAGUUCCACUUCUGUGCUUGUAUAAAUUUAAGAAAUAUUAGCAUGUGAAAGUCAGUCUGUCAAUCCCAUAUUUAUUUAUAAUUUACUAUCCAUCACAGAAUAAAUUCCCUACAAUAUACUUGUUUAUUAAUAUGACAUGCUCUGAACUGAUUUAUUUUCAUGCGUCUGUGGUAAAUUUUCAAAUAUUGUAAUUGUCAGAUGCUUUUGUGAAAUGUUAUCAUCGAAAAUGUCUUUGAAUAUCAAAUCUCAAUAAUUCCUGGCUGUGGAAAUUAAACCAUUGACAACGUUGUAUAGAUUAUUUAUAAAAUUAUUGGUUUGGGGUUCACCACGUUCUGUCAUAAUUCUAAAAAUUUACGUAAAUUAUUGUUAUCAUUACACUUGCAACAUUUGUAAAUUGAAUAUUGUAAAUGCAUAAUAACAGCCAAGGAAAAUAGUUGAUCACCAUCUUCUUUUUCUCUGUUAAAAUUUUGCAAAUUGCCUUUUCAAACAGUAAUGAUAGAAAUUUGACAGUUUGAAUAUCACGAAAAAUAUGGAAAUAUAAAUAUGAUGGAAGAUUGUAUCUUUGCAUUGUAUGUGUGUAGAUUGUGAACCAAUCUUAACUUGGCCAAUUUUCAAAGGUUAACCAUGCAUUGGUUGUAAGCUAACUUGCUUCAAGUUGUGAAAGGUACCAUUUUCAAAUGGCCAAUCAGUACCAAAUUGUGGUAUUUCGUGUAUAUUUCACAUGUGUAAUUGCCAAUUGUUUUGUCGGUAUUAAUUAAUGACAGACAAUUAUCGAUAUUUAUCAAAUAUUUUACAUUAUUAUAAAACAUGCUGCACAAAAUAUAACAUGCAAGUUAAAUAAAAUUUACAGUUUUUCU